UACAUAAAUAUAAUAAAAUCAAAUGUCUCCGUGUAGAAAGCUAAAAAUGGUUGGGCGUGAAACUGAACUGGAAAUGAUAAUAACAAGUUGGCGUGACAAACUUUUCAGUGUUCAGAACACGAUUCUUGAACUGCUUGAAGGACUGGAUAAACUGGAAUCUGAGAAAUUAAUCUCAUCGGAGACGGACGAAGCUGAUCUAGAAGAUGCUGUUAUUGUAGUGAAAAAAGAACAGGAUGAUGAUGGGAAAGGAAUGGAUGAAGGUAUGGAGCAUGAGAGUACUGAUGAUGGAUGGGAGGAUACACAAGAUUUAGUUGAAGUAAAGCUGAAUGAAGGAGCAAACUUUUCAGAUUCUCGAGAUGUCAAUGAUUCGCCUUUUGAUCGAGAACAUCAUCAACAUCCUCAGUCAUAUGGUCAAGGUCAUCCUCAGGAGCAUCAACAUUUGCAUCUUCAUUCACAAGAACAACUUCAUGUACAAAAUCAACCUCAGGAGCUGCAUCAAGUGCACGAUCAACAUCAACACGGAUUCAAUCAACUGCAAGGUCAAAUGCCCCAUCAAGUACAUGUGAAUAGUCAUGAGCAUCAGCACCAAUAUCCUCCAGUACAACCUGUACAGCAACACCACCAACAGGGUGUGCAAGAGACUUCAGAAUACUUCAAUAAUUCACAGAAUACAAAUGAAAGUCAGUAUCAAUGUGAGAUCUGCGACUUUUCAACGAAAGUAAAGUUUACGUUGAACAGACACAUGAAGCUUCAUGAAGACAAUCAAACUCAGAAGCAGUGUGAAAAGUGUUCGUAUACCUCGAAUAGGAUGGAUUGCAUGGCUCGUCAUGUGAAGAAACAUCAUAAUCAACCAACUACUCAGAUUCAAACCUCAUUUUCAGAAAAUACUUGUUAACGGUUUCUGGCGACAACCUGUUUCACAGAGAGAAAAA